UCGGCAGGCAGGGCUGAUCGCUAUGGACCAUGCACUCCGUGCAGCUAAGAAAAAGGAGCGGGUGGAAAUGCACAAAAACAGCAGGCUUUGCUUAAAUGUUCACCUCCCGGGGCUUCGAAGGCUUCCAAGAGGAGCAGUCCCCGGCUUUGCUCUCCGACCUCUCUGCCAUGGAGUCAGCACCUGACAGCAGCCCAGGGAGCUACGACCCUGGGACUGUGGCUGUGAAGGAGAAGCUCCGGGAGAAGCUCCGGGGGCCAGAGGGCAGCCGAAGUGGCAGCCGGGGCAGCUACAAUCCCCUGCAGUACCAGGUGGCACACUGCGGGCAGACGGCUGUCCACCUGCCUCCGACCUUGACGGCACCAGGCCAGCCCCUGUGCGUCCCCGAGGCCCCCUUGGCCACCAUCGUGCCCCCCAACAGCCCCCUCAAGGCGCCCUCCCCGGCUGACCCCUCGCAGGAGGACAAGGAGGCAGUGAACAAGGACUGCCUGGAAUACCGGCUGUGGCGGGAGCGCAACAAUAUCGCCGUGCGCAAGAGCAGGGACAAGGCCAAGCGGUGCAUCCUGGAGAUACAGCAGUACAUGGCAGAAAAUGAGCAGCUGCGCAGCCGCGUAAGGCAGCUCACGCAGGAGCUGGAUAUCCUGCGCAGGUGUUUGAGAGCUAUUAUAAAUUUGUUGUCAUUGGUCAGCACAGAAAUUAAAAAUUAAGGUCAUAAAAAA